ACCAGUUGAUAUUUUCUUUCCUCAGGACCAGCUGUUCAAGAGCAUCUCAGAACAGAGCCAGACAGAGUUGAGACUUGGCUCUGACUGAGGGCCGUGGCAAAUUUCUCUGCAGCGAUGUCGGUGUUAGAAGAAAGCCGACCGUUUGCUCAGCAGUUAUCCAAUGUCUACUUUACGAUACUUUCUCUUUUCUGUUUUAAGCUUUUUGUGAAAAUCAGUCUUGCCAUCCUUAGUCAUUUCUACAUCGUGAAAGGCAAUCGCAAGGAAGCCGCAAGGAUAGCAGCUGAAUUUUAUGGAGUAACCCAAGGACAAGGCUCAUGGGCAGAUCGAUCACCACUGCAUGAAGCUGCAAGUCAAGGUCGUCUUCUUGCUCUGAGAACCUUGUUAUCCCAGGGUUACAAUGUAAAUGCAGUAACCAUAGACCAUGUCACUCCACUCCAUGAAGCCUGCCUGGGAGAUCAUGUGGCAUGUGCAAGGACUCUUCUGGAAGCUGGAGCUAAUGUAAAUGCGAUCACAAUAGAUGGCGUGAGUCCUUUAUACAAUGCAUGCUCACAAGGCAGUGCAAGCUGUACUGAACUUCUUUUAGAAUAUGGUGCCAAAGCUCAGCUGGAAUCUUGUUUUCCAUCUCCCACACAUGAGGCUGCCAGUAAAGGUCAUCAUGAAUGUCUGGACAUAUUGAUAUCCUGGGGCAUAGAUGUUGAUCAAGACAGUCCUCAUUUGGGAACUCCUCUUUACGUAGCUUGUAUGUCACAGCAAUUCCACUGUGUCUGGAAGCUUCUUUAUGCUGGUGCUGAUGUACAUAAAGGCAAGUUUUGGGACACUCCAUUGCAUGCUGCUGCUCAACAACCCAGUACUGAAAUUGUAAGCUUGCUGUUAGAAUUUGGAGCAGAUAUCAGCAUGAAGAACACAGAACUUCUGCGGCCUAUAGACCUGGCUCCACCUAACAGUGCUGUAGAAAGAACACUUCUACGACACGAAGCUACCCCUAGCUCUCUUGGACAACUUUGCCGACUCUGUAUCCGUAACUGCAUAGGAAGACAAAGGCUGCACCUUAUCCCCCAGCUCCAGCUGCCAACAUUGCUGCAGAAUUUCCUACAGUAUCGAUAACAAAGUAAAUAGUUCUGCAUUCUUUGGAAGUCAAAAACUUCUAUUUAAUUUGCAUAAUGAAUAUUUCAUAAUAAUAUGUGGUAAUAAUAGGGUUCACUAUGGAAGCAGCAAAAUAUCAAUUUUCAUUUUAAGUGUACUCGUUGCUAUUGUUUUAUAAAUUUUUAUGGUCUUUGGAUUAUAAUGUUUAAAAUAGCUAUACAUAAUUAGCAAUUUCAGCAUAUGCUCUUG